AUGACUUCUUGCUUUUUGGAAGAUUGGGUUGAGCUAGCACAUGGGAGCUGCACCCAUGCCACAAAUACGCUUCACAGGUCCUCAAUCAGCAGAGUGGUUGUAGUGGCAUUCUGUCGUAGCGGAGCUGGCUCACCGUCCGAACUACUGACAGAGUCCCAAGAUGCAUCCUUUGAGUUUAGGCUGGGACUGGUACUCCUGUCCACCAGAGACACGAAGCUCACUGUACCUUUCGAUUUCGCUUUACGCAGCGUUGCUUCUUCGGGAACAUGCAGAGUGACGAUGGAUGGCAUCGGUGAACGAAUUCGAUUCUCCUGUGUAACACAAAGGAGCAAAGAUAUGAUGAAUGAAAACAAGCGAAGCGCUUCCAAGAUUGUGAGAUUCCUACAGAAACAACCCCAGAUCAUCGUCUGUGUCCAGGAUGUUGCAUACCCGUGGAGUAGACUCAUCCUACUCGUUAUUGUGUAUCACACCCAAAGUGAACCAAGAUUCAAGCAAGCAUUCCUGGAUGCGAAACAAGGCUAA